CGGUGGUCUGGUUAAAUCUGGCAGUUUGACGCUCCCAGUGUGUGACUUGUGACACUCCUCCUCCGUCAGCAUGGGAAACGUUCUUCAGUUCAGAUUCAAGCUUUAGAGAAUCGUCGCGCACAUUAAGCUUCGGAUUAUGAAUUCCUCCACAAACAGUUUAGAUGAUGUGUCUGCAGACAGCAGUGCUGAGUUCCCAGACAGAGCAUCGAUGAUGGAGGUGCGUCUGCAGGCGCAAGAGGAUGAGAUCACGCUGCUGAAAUCCUCGCUGGCCGAUGCCCUGCGCCGAAUUCGCCUCCACGAUCAACUCCUCCCGCUACUGAAGCAGCAGCUCAUUGCAGUGAACCCAGGUGCUGCACGGGUGCUGAAUCAAGUGUGCUGCUCCGAUGGCUGCAGCAGAAGACUGUCCUCCAGCUCAGCCAUGGAUGGCUAUAGACACACUGGCACCAGCCAACUGUCAGACAGCAUUGUGACCAAUGCCAAUGGCCACACAGGACACCAAGUGUCAGUGGAACCACGACCUGCAACGCUAGACAGAUCGACCCAGACAGAGCCCACGUUGUCAGUGCAGGAACCCGGGCAGGACAGGGUCCCUGUCCCGAGGCGGGCCAUGAGCCUGCACCUGGAGGACGCUCUUUCUCCAGGGGAGCCGGUCGAGGAAACCCGCGCAACGCUCACCCGCGUCCCUGGCGUGGAGGAGGAGGAGGAGGAAGAUGAAGAUGGUGUCAGAGAACAGGAAAAAGAGCUGAAUUGGACAUCGUCAGUAGAGGAGCCCAUCCAGCCCACCACGAUCAGAGGCCUCCAGAAUGAGGUCUUUCAGGACAGAAGCUGCUGUGCGGACGAGCCCAGCCCCGCUUCAAGCUCAGUGAAAACCCCAGAGCAGAGCCCGAGUCCUCGCAACGGGCCGCUGUCACCCAUCCAGGAAGGAGAGAAGUCGGCUUUGGUUCGAAGGAACAGCGAGAAACUCGGGAACACGGAGCGGCAGAGGAAACGUCUGGAUAAGAAGGCCGCGUCCUCGACCAACCUCCUCGCGCGCUCCCCGAGCCUGGAGAACCGAGCCAAGGAGCUGAUCGCCAAUGCAGGUUCCCCCGGGUCGAGAAGAGGAACUUACAGCCAAGGACAGUCAAUCAAAAUGUUCAUCCGAGGCCGACCAAUAACCAUGUACAUCCCCUCCAACAUCCACAACUAUGACGACUUGAAAAUGGAGCCCCCCUCAGAGAAACUGCACCUGGACUGGGUCUACGGGUAUCGGGGACGGGAUUGCCGGGCCAACCUGUACUUCCUUCCUACGGGCGAAGCAGUGUACUUCAUUGCUUGUGUUGUGGUGCUGUACCACAUCAACAACCGCACACAGCGCCACUAUCGCAAACACACGGACUGCGUCCGCUGUCUUACUGUCCAUCCUGACAAAGUGCGAGUGGCAUCUGGGCAGGCAGCCGGGGUGGAUAAAGAUGGCAAGCCUCUGCAGUCUUGUGUUCACAUCUGGGACUCCACCACCCUGGUCACACUGCAGCAGAUUGGCCUGGGUACGUUCCAGCGGGGAGUGGGAUCAGUUGCGUUUUCCUUUGCUGACUCGGGGGCUUUCCUGUGUGUGAUUGAUGACUCUAAUGAACACAUGUUGUCAGUGUGGGACUGCAACAAGGGGACCAAACAUGCAGAGGUCAAGAGUACUAACGAGGCCGUGUUUGCUGUGGAGUUCAACCCCAGCGACAGCACCAAUAUCAUCACCUGCGGUAAAUCCCAUGUUUACUUCUGGACCCUCAGCGCAGGGCAGUUCACCAAGAAACAAGGCAUCUUUGGGAAAUACAAGAAACCAAAGUUCAUCCAGUGCUUUGUGUUUAGUCUGACUGGAGAUGUUCUUACCGGAGACUCUGAAGGAAAUAUUCUGACCUGGGGAAAAUCAGCUGCUGAUAUAAAAACCCUGGGUAAAGGAGCCAAAGAAACCUUCCAGAUUAUGCGUCAGACCAGAGCCCACGAAGGCAGCGUGUUCACCCUGUGCACCCUGCCGGGUGGCGCUCUGCUCAGCGGGGGAGGGAAGGACCGCAAGAUCAUCCGCUGGAGCGCCGACCUGGCACCUGAGAGAGAGUGUGAGAUUCCAGAAAACUUUGGGGCGGUUCGCACCAUUGCCGAUGUGGACGGGGAGGAAAUCUUGGUGGGUACGACGCGCAACGCCAUCCUCAGAGGCACCUUUUCAGACGGAUUUGUGGCAAUAGUGCAGGGUCACGUAGAUGAGAUGUGGGGUCUGGCUACACACCCCUCUCAGAGCAUCUUCAUCACCUGUGGUCACGACAGGCAGGUGUGUUUGUGGAACACAGAGGAGCACAAGUUGGACUGGUGCAUCACCCUGGAGGAGUAUGGAUUGUGCGCUGGUUUCUGCCCUAAUGGAUCAGUGGUUUCAGUUGGUCUCAGCACAGGAAGGUGGCUGGUUGUUGACCUGCUGACCAGAGAGGUGGUGUCUGAGUCCACUGAUGGGAAUGAGCAGCUGUCUGUCAUGAGAUACUCACCAGACGGCAGCUUUUUAGCAGUCGGCUCUCAUGACAACUUUAUCUACAUCUACAGUGUGACAGAGAGCGGCCGGCGCUACGCCCGCUUCGGGAAAUGUAACGGUCACUCCAGCUUCAUUACUCACCUGGACUGGUCCAAAGAUGGGAAGUACAUCAUGUCCAAUUCUGGCGACUAUGAGAUCCUCUACUGGGACAUUGCAGGGGGAUGUAAACUGCUGAGGAAUCGCUUUGAGAGCAAAGACAGAGAGUGGGCCUCUUAUACGUGUGUGCUGGGCUUCCACGUCAUGGGUGUGUGGCUCGAGGGCUCUGACGGCACAGACAUCAACGCCCUGUGUCGCUCCCACAGUGAGAGAAUGGUGGCUGUGGCUGAUGACUUCUGUAAAGUCCACCUCUUCCAGUACCCGUGCCCGAAACCAAAGGCGCCGAGCCACAAGUAUGACGGCCACGGCAGCCACGUCACCAACGUCUGCUUCACGCACAGCGAUUCCCACCUGCUGUCAAUGGGCGGGAAGGACACCUGCAUCCUUCAGUGGAGGGUGAUGGGAGGCAGCCCAGGUGACGGCAGGGACAGGCUGGCCUCGGUCUCGUCCACCUCCACCAGCUCUCCGGAACCAGCUGCCACCUAGAAGGGACUCACGAGGACUCGGUUGACACAAAGCAAAGUGUUUACGUGUAAACAGAGUGAGGGGUGUGUCAGUCAGUGGACAGGAGCCACAGCUAUGGGCCAGGUUAGUCGUCUAUGGUGCCACUGCUGCGGCGGUUCCAUAGAGAACACCAACGGGAAUCAUUUCCACACCUCCACAAGCCUGUAACUCCUUGUGAAACUGAACAUUAUGAUGCUUUUCCUACCCCAGCGUAUUUCUCUUUUAUUGAAUAUGUGGUGAGGAACAUACAGAACUGGACUGGACCCUGAACAUUCCUCAUUCCUGAACGUUAAGUUCACCUUGCUUAAUAAAAAGUUACCAAAGUGCUGCCUUGUGGCCGAUAUGCCUCUAAAGAUGUUUGCAUCCUGUUUUAAUUAUUUUACCCAGUGCUCAGUUGACAUCUCAGUUAAUACUGAAGCUGAUUUUAUGCUUGCAUUAGACAGACUGUGACUCUUCUGACUAAUCCAUAAUACACUUGAAAGCUGAUUACUUCAGAACAGUUUUAUUUGUAUUUAAGAGGCCACGUGGGAAUACUGUGACAUAUCUGACAAGCUCACAAUAAAGAACCGAAGACUGGAAA